AUGGCGACGACACCAUCAGGUACGAUGCAGAACCAGUUGAAGAGAAAGCCGUCGGCAGCUGGCCUGGCUACCGGCGGCAGGACGGUCAAGCGCAGAGCCUCUAAGGCCUGUCAUUGCUGCCGUUCGCGAAAGGUCAGGUGCGACGUGGUCGAAAGCGGCAUCCCUUGCACAAACUGCAGACUGGAUGAAGUCGAGUGCAUAGUCACCGAAGGCAAGAGAAAGAGGAAGUCGCAUGCAGACGGUGAUACCGGCCACCAGCAUCACAACCACUCCUCCUGCGACUCGUCUGUCAAGGAAGAGAAGCAUGACUUACCGCCAUUGCCCAUCUUCGACGACAUUGACGGACUGGCCGAGUUCAAUCCGGACGUAUCCUCGUUGGAGAUGAACUCGAAUAAUGCACUGGAGUUUGAGCUCAACCACCAUCAGCCUCAUAUGCUCUAUCAAACGCAAGGCCAUCGCCUCACACCGGAAGAGCGAUCACGGAGGAUGUCUACCAUGAGCGCCAGAGGCCUCCCUACGCCGCUUCCCAUACAUUCGGGCGUGUCAUAUUUCCCCCAGCCGUCUCGGCGGCCAGAUAUCGUUCUCCCACAGUAUAUCCGGCCUGUGCCUCCCAGGAUCUUGAGUGACGACCUUGAAUUUCUGCAGAAGAAGGGAGCUUUUCUCAUCCCCGAUGCAGGUUUCAGGAAUGAGUUGCUUCGCUGCUAUGUGCAAUAUGUGCAUCCAUUUCUUCCAAUCAUAGACCUUCAGGACUUCAUGACUGCGGUCAAGAAGAAUGAACCCGCCAACACCGUCAGCCUCCUUCUUUUCCAGGCCGUCAUGUUCGCCGGGACGGCAUACAUUGACAUGCGAUACUUGAUCGCCCAAGGUUACGUGACGCGGAAAGAAGCCCGAAAAUCCUUCUUCAACAGAAUCAAAUUGUUGUACGACUUUGAUUACGAAACGGACCGGGUGACUGUCGUCCAAGCGACCUUGUUGAUGACCUACUGGUACGACAGCCCGGACGACCCGAAGGACGUCUGGCACUGGUUGGGCGUGGCGAUUUCUGUGGCACGAACUAUCGGUCUGAACUGCGACACCUCCAGAGCAACCUUGAUGAGCCCGCAGCAACGCCGGCUGUGGAAGCGCAUUUGGUGGUCGCUCUACAUGCGGGACCGACUGAUCGCCAUCGGCAUGCGGCGACCCAUGAGGAUCAAUGACGGAGACUUUGAUGUCUCCAUGCUCGAAGUCUCGGACUUUGAGGUGGAUGCUCUUCCUGUAGAGCUAACCCGGAUGUUGGGCGGGUGUCCGGCGGUCAAGGACGUCCCCAAGCGUCUAACGUUGGCCAAACUGUGUGUCUCCUUGGUGAAGUUGUGCGUCUGUAUCAGCCAAGUCCUGGCGGUUCAAUAUUCCACGUUGGGACACAAGAUCGGCGCCACUCAGGAAACCACCAUGAGACUGGUCCCAAAGAAAUCGGCAGCUCAGCCCGGCGAAGUUCUUCGUUGUGACCAGGAGCUCGAUAGCUGGUACAAGCGCCUCACCUGUGAUCUCCACUUUUUCGCUCCUGAGACACACGAACGGAUUGCAAGCAACGAUGGGGAUGUGGUCAAUGUGCACCGCGCUUUGUUGACUGGGAUUUACCUCACCGUCAUCAGCGCCCUGCAUCGGCCGCAGAUCUUGCCCUCGGCACCCGACGUUCAAAUCGUCCCGGAGCUGCGAGAGUUGUCCAAGAGGAAAGUGCGUGAGGCUGCCGACGACAUUACCGAGCUGUACCAGGAUUUGGUCUCUCACGACCUGAUCAGGUACCUACCUAAUACGGGAGUGACUUGCCUUCUGCCCGCCAUCAUCAUCCAUCUGCUUGACAUCAAGUCCAGCAACCCGGACGUCCGACAGGCCAGUGCGCGGAAAUUCCAAUUCUGCAUGCAGGCGCUACAGCGGCUCAGAGAAAUGUACCAAUCUGCCGACUUUGCGUUUUCUUUCCUUGAUGCAGCUGUUCGGAAGACCAAUGCACAGCUGAAGACUGUCCCAAAUGCUGCUUUGCGCAAAAUGGCCGAACCGUCACAGUCAGCACUCCAUGGCAUGAUGGAGUCGAUGGAGAAGCAAUCACAAUCACCAGGCCAGCUGCUCCUGACGCCACCGCCAGAGGCCAUGCAGUCAGCGAGUUUACUUCUUUCUGCUUCAACCCUGACGCCCUCUGAGCGCCAGAUGAUCGCUGCAUAUACACCUCCGCGAUCUGACACAACACUUACGUCGCACACCACGGCGGGUGCUGCAGCUCCGCUCACUGACCUGGAUCAUGAUGGGCUGCAUGGUCAGACUCAUGAUCAGCAUCAGGAUCAGCACCAGGACCAGGAGAAUGCUGAAGGCCUGGAAGACGCAACACACAAUGAGUUUGAGUCCAUGAUCCAGCUCGAUGGAGGGCAUGAUUCCUUGUUGAGCUUUAACGACGGUCUCGAUAUGAACAUGGAAUGGCUGAAUGGCUUCGAUUGCAAUGACCACGCUAUGACGAAUGAAGAGUCUUUUUUGGACAGGUUGGAGGGCGUUGAACAGGCCGGGAAUGCCUGUGGAUAUGCCGAACAGGCGCUGGAUAGUAUCACCGGUGACAUUGAUGUCGAUUUAGAGAUUCGAGUUGAGUCGUGA